AUGUCACCUCCCCUCCGGUCGCUGGUGCGCGUCCGGCCCUCGCACAUUGCUAACAUCCCGCGCUUGCUACACCGCAGCGCUGCGGUAGCACCACCGACCUUCCGCGCACUCUCGACGCGAUCGACGACCAGACCCUCUCGCUCAACCCACACCACCAUCACCACCACCAGGUUCUCCUCCUCCUCCUCUUCCUCCCCCACCGACCAACCCGCGCCCGCCUCCGAACCCAAGUCCAACGACCGCUCCGAUCUCAAGGCUACCUCCCUCUCCCUCGAAGACCUCGACCUCCUGCUCGAAAACACACACUGGCGCCUCACACCUGACGGCACCGGCCUCGAGCGCAUCUACGUCUUCCAGUCGCCGCAGCGAGCAGCAGAGUUCUGCGCGUCCGUCUUCGGAUGGUCGCAGGCGCGCUCCCACGACCCGGAGUGGGCCGGGUGCCGCGAGUGCGUGUACGUGCGGUGGACGACGCACAAGCCGCCCGGGCUGAGCAGGGCAGACAUCGAGGGCGCGAUGGCAUGCGAGCGGUUCGACGACGGUGCUAAUGACGUCGGUGAGCCUCGGGCGAAGGAUUUCGCGAGGAUAUUGAGGGCUAGGGACGAUGGCCAGGAGCUGUGGCCGGAGUGGAAGGCGCUCGGGCGGCGGGAGGGCAGGACCGCGAGGGUGUGGUCGGAGCAGGAGAUGGCUAAGUUGUGGCACUGGAUGAGGCGUAGGGCGCUGGUGGAAGAGUGCGCAAGUAAAGACGGGAACUUUUGGCCCGCGUGGAGUAUGGUGUGGGGAAUGGCGUGCGUCACACAGACGAGGUGGGCUACCAUCGCGUCAGACGAUGAUGACGGGGACGCGAUAAUUCUGAAUAUGGUACGGGAGCGUCAGGGAAAUCCCGAUAACAACGCCAUGAAGAAAGUCACAGAGGAAACAAACCCGAAAAAAGACCCGUCAGUGAAGUUAGAAGAGCUGAUCAAGGAGUUGAUGAAUGGCCGGCUUCCGCUGAGCUAG